AUGGCAGCCGAGAAUGCAAAUAUCUUCGCGGGUGAAGUCUUCCACUUCGACGUUGGUUACUAUACAUUCGCAACUUGUCUCCAAGAACUCGCCGGCAUUCGAUGCAUGAUGCGCGUCCAGAUGAAGGAGAGUCGCGAAGGCCGAGUCCGUCUCGAACACGUUGAUCACGAUACCUUCCUUCGCUUUGCAGAAUAUCUCUACGGGCAAAAUUACAAUUCAGCUGAAGCGUUGGUGGUAUUGGAUCAACCUAUCGACGACGAUAUGCUAGCCGAGCAUGUCAGCGCGGAACCAAAUACCACUUCUACAACCAAUUCAGCAGGUUUCGACGAGCCGGUUCUCGAUGAGGCGGACUGGGGUUUUGAUUCGUGA